UUCUCUUCCGUCAUUGUAAAAGAGCUAAUUUCCUGUCGAUGAUGGAGCCUCCUCCAACGCACACAAGCUCAUCAAAAUCAGAAACUUUAUAUCAUCGCUUAGUGACUGGAGAUUCAGACCUUGAUAACUGGAUUUGGGUUAUCGAGUAUUUGGCCAAAUUCAAAACUGAGCUUUGGAUGCUUCAUGAUGUCUUUGAAAUGGGUCCUAAGCUUCCUGAUUAUCUUGGUGAACAUACCAAUGAGAUGGUAGCUUUCAGAUGCUUAGCGUCUUUGUUUGAUUGUUCUACUUCAGUACAUAGUAAAGAAGUUGUUCCAGAUGCUUACUCAAAGAUCGAGUUUGAUUCGUCCGAGAGCUGUGAGUAUGUACUUCAAUGUAUUUUGGAUGAGAUACCCUUGUCGGAACUUAAACCAGGUGCACCGGGACUAUCAAAGUGGAAUCUUGGACCCUUUAUCCAAAGCAAACUUCUUUGCCUGCCAAAAUGUGCUUUGGAACUGAUGUUAGAGACAUCGUGUGGGAAUGAUUCUGGAGUAUCGCCUCGUAAGGAGCAAGAGGAUAUGAGAAGUGAUGGGAAAGAGACUGGUCAAGUUACAUCUCGAGAUCUUACGGGGAGAAAAGUAGACAGACAAUCAAUUGGUCAUGGCCCUGGAGAUGGAGCUGAUGAGAUUAGUAGUAGAUCCCACGCGUCGCUUGAAAGAAGAGACGAGGUGUUACCAAACGGAAGCGAUGGUCGUGGUGUGUCAAGUCCCUCAGAGAAUAGAUACAGAUGCAUCCAAUGCAAAGAAAGUCGGAAGCUGCUGUUUUGCUCUGGGGAUGGCUGCGAAGUCAUGGUUCAUGAGAAGUGUGUCGUGGAAUCACCGCCUUUUUACGAUGAUGCCGGGAACUUUUACUGCUCUCUCUGUGCUUUAACAUGUGCUUCAGCUGAGUAUAUCAAAUCCCAAGAUGAAGUUGCUAAAGCAAAGAAGAGACUUAUUUCGUUUCUUAGUCUAAUGUCAGAGGUUAACAAGAAGAAGUCCAUUAUGGGUUCUAGUCUUUUGUAGCAUAAUGCCUUUACUCAUAAACUCUUAAGAUCGUCGAUAAAGAAAAAUUA